UGACUCCUUAUCUUGUGGACUAUUUCUGAAGAGUGAAAAGUACUCUUUGUUUACAUUCCAUUGCCUGUUGUCUGUGCAGAUAAGACUUCAGUGAGAGAAUUUUUCCAUUUGAGGAUACCUCUAUUGUGGAAAUGAUUAGACAGAAGUUUUAUGUUUCAGAAUCCAAGAUGCAACCCUGGUGUUCAGCCUCAUCACCAUCUUUCUCACCUUCGCAAACACCUAUGUAUUCCAGUCAGGUCUCAUGAAAUACCUCAUCUGGGCAUACCUAGCUCCUAUUGUCAUCACAGCAUCAUACCUUGUUCUUUCCAUCACCUAUCACGUUUGGAGCUUGCAGAUCCGUUGGGAUGACACAGAGGUCUAUGCCUGGACACCUGGUCUUGUUGCACUUUUUGUCAUCCAGCGUUCCUUUUCUGUCCUGUACUAUUAUUUCUACAAGCGGACUGCACUUCGCAUUGCUGACCCAGUCUACUAUUCACCUGCCCUUUGGAGGGAGAGGAGACAACAGUGAUACAUUUUCAGGAACCCUGUCCGUCCAACGCUGAUCUCAUCUGUCCAAACAAGUUUUUAUUUUUUUCCACUCUUAGAGACAUGGAGAAAGUGCAUCUUUGUGAAUUUUUGUUAUACUUUCAGCUUUUUAUGUGCCUCGCUAGUCUCUUAGCUGUUAUUUCAUUGCCAUGUAACAUCUGACCUUUUUUUUUUUUAAUUAAAAAAAAUUCUACCCAAAC